AUGUCGGAUCAGAACAACACCUCGAAUGAUCCGUCGGCGCAGUCGAGCGACCCAUCGACGGCGACGAACAGCACGGAUGCUGCGCUCAUCGACAGUGUCGCGCGACUCGACCUCGACAACGGACCACCCUCCAACAACUCGGAGCACUCCGACCCUGCCUCCUCCACAAUAUCCAACCUCGAGCAUGAUGCAAAGCUAAUCAGUAACGGCUCAGUUCAAGGAGCAGAAUCGACGAGGGUAGCGUCUGCUGCUUCAGGCCGACCUCCGCUCGGCACACCCGCCGUCUCGGAACCCGCGCUCUCGACCGCCUCCAGCUCUGGCACCCCGACACUGUCCGCGUCACCACCUCCCAUCCCCAACCCCAUAGGCUCGACGACCAGUCCAGGUGCAGCGCCGCGGCCCGGGAGCGGCGUGCCCCCCCCCUUGUUCCCUCGUGCAACCGCUCCCGCCAGUCUACCACCUUCGGCUGCGACGAGGAAGGCCCCGUUGGGACCGGCGAGCAGUGGGCUCAAGGCUGGUGUAAGAGGUGCUCCGAUAGGUGUAGGAGGGGCUAUGAAGAUCCCACCGAGUCUAGCAGCCAAGAUGGCCGCGGUCAGUCCUUUUUUCUCCUUCUCGUCAUGAGGAUCGCGAUAGAGUUCCGGCCGGACCUAAUCUCUGACGAUAGCCCAUACACAUUUGCAAAACAGAUGAGCUCGCGCAACACGACGCCGAGCCCUACUCCACCAGCUUCUGCGAUGGCUUCUUCCCCGGCGACCCCUUACAGUGGGCCCGUACCGUCGAGCUCGACCGUCUCGUUCCGACCGAGCGCACCGGCGGCCGUGCCAGGAAGGAUGACUGCGACGGGGCCAGCGGCAGGGAGGGGAGGAGGCAUGAUGGCUCGUCGCAGGGCAGGUCCAGGAUUGACUUUGAGUGCGAUGGGAGCAGGGGCUGCGACGUCAUCGCCAGGGGUCGACUCGCCGUCGACCUCGGGAAUGAUCUCGAGUAGUGGGGAUUCUGGACAGUCACUGCCGAGUGUGGCCAGUCCGGGAGCUCGUGAUGGGACAGGAACGCCAUUUUCAAAUUUCAGGAAGAUUGUGUAAGUCCAGCUCACUCUGUGUACUCAUAAGUACCACGCUGACGAUCGGUGCCGACCCUCCCCCCAGUGACCCUUCUGGACGCCUCAACUUUGCCUCCAAGGCGGUGCUGCACGCCGACGGUGUUGACUUUUCCUCGGGAGCCUCGUUCAAGAUCAAGAUGGCGGACUUCGAACUGUUCGAAGAGUUGGGGCAAGGGAAUUACGGCACAGUGCAGAAGGUGUGGCACAAGCCGACGAAAGUGACGAUGGCGCUCAAGGAGAUCCGUCUUGAACUCGACGACUCCAAGCUCAAAACGAUCAUCACCGAGCUCGACAUCCUGCAUCGCGCGACCUCGCCGUUCAUCAUUGAUUUCUACGGCGCCUUCUUUAUCGAUUCAUGCGUGUAUUACUGCAUGGAGUACAUGGAUGCCGGGUCGCUCGAGCUCUUCGCUGGGUGUGAUGUGCCGGAGAACGUGCUUGCGCGAGUUACGAGCAGUAUCGUGCACGGGCUCAAGUUCCUGAAAGAUGAGCUCGCGAUCAUGCAUCGAGGUGAGUACUGAAAGGAUGCGGUAGAACUAGGUCGACAUCCGAGUUGACCUCUUAUUUUCGCGAUUUGUUUCAGAUGUUAAACCCACGAACGUGCUCAUCAACCGCAGAGGCUUUGUCAAGUUGUGCGACUUUGGUGUCUCGGGUCAGCUCGAUCGAUCGAUGGCAAAGACCAACAUUGGGUGUCAAAGCUACAUGGCAGUACGUGCAUAGUGACAUCCACGUUUAAUUGGUCCGCACCUGACCCGACUUCAUUGCCCACUAUUUCAGCCUGAACGGAUCAAGGGUGAAUCGCAAGGUGUUGCCUCGACCUACACGGCCUCAUCCGACGUCUGGUCUCUCGGCCUAUCCAUCAUCGAGUUCGCGAUCGGGCACUACCCUUACCCCCCAGAAACUUACUCAAACGUUUUUGCGCAACUGACCGCGAUCGUCCACGGCGACCCUCCGGCGUUGCCAACGCGAUACUCGGAGACGGCGAGGGAUUUCGUGAUGGGCUGCUUGGAAAAGUCGGCGGUGCGAAGGCCAAACUAUGCUCAACUACUGGUGAGCUCUAAUUUGCUGGUCAUGUGGGGCUGUAUUCCGACGGUCUUGACGCAAUUCGUGGUGCCUAUCAGGAACACCCUUUCCUCAAGGGGGACGUCGGGAGGGAGGUCGACAUGGUCCAGUGGGUGGUGGACGCACUGGCUUAUGUGAGUGUUCUCUGAGGGAGCAAGUGAUCUGAUGCCUACGCUGACCUUCUCCUCUGUGCCUUCGCAGCGAGCCGAGCACCCCAAAAUUGCCACAGUAGCACUCGCCUGA